CCAGACUGAGCCUUAUAAAGGGACCAGUCUUUGCCCAGAUGCACAGCACACUCAUCCUUCUCCUCAGUGACACCUCGUCAGCUCCGCUUCCUUGAAAACCAAGAUGAGCAACACUCCAGUUGAGAAGUCCGUGAUGGACUUGAUCGACCUGUUCCACAAAUACACCAAACCUGAUGACAAGAUCGACAAGCAGGGCCUGCUGAAGAUGCUGAAGGAGAAUUUCCCUAACUUCCUCAAGGCCUGUGACAAAAGGGGCAAAGAUUUCUUGGCCCAUAUCUUUGAGGACCAUGACAAGAAUAAGGAUAAGAAGAUCGAGUUUUCCGAGUUCCUGUCGGUGUUGGGAGUCAUAGCCACGGACUACCACAAUCAUAGCCACGGAGCCCCGCUCUGUUCUGGGGGAGGACAGUGAGCCCAGCCCAGCCUGAGGCCUCCAGAAACCCCAAGAAACAAUAAAGUGUCUCUUGCCCAGA